GGAGGGUGAAGUUGGGUCAGGUCGUAACUGGACUCUCUCACAGCGGACCGCGGACGGAGGAGUAAACACGGAGGAUAUCAACUCGCUUCUGCCCUAAACGUUCAUACGCCGCCGGUAUCGUAGCGAAGCGACCGAGCAGCGGGUAUUAUUUCAUUGUUUUCCCUCAGUAAAGCGGAUUUGGGUCAACCGUGGUCACAUUAAAUGAUGUGACUCCUCUUAAUAGACCUGUUUGGAGCCGCUUUCACGGAGCGUUUUGAAGUAGCUCCUCCAGCCGAGCUGACUGGGUUGCCCGGAUUACUAUGCAGUGUUUAUAGCGUUUCCAGCGAUGCCUGUCGUUGAUUAAGCGGAGCGGCUGUUGCUGUGGAGGUCGGAGAGAAAGAGACCAGAAAGAGCCACGGAGACGUCUCGUAACGGACGAUGACCGGGCCGAGCAGCUCCAGCUCCGGCUCCGCCGCCAAGGUGGCCAGACACGGCCGCUCCAAGAGCACCAGCACGUACUGCUGCCACUCGCGGCCGGGGCAAGAGUCCGCGCCCUCGGCCACGGCCAACAACGCCGGCCGCUCCUCCGGGGAAGAGGACGAGAAGGACGGCGGCGUGCCGUUCUACGUGAACCGGACCGGCUUCCCUAUAGAGAGCGUCACCUGGGAGAGGAUGUGGUCUCACGUGGCCAGAGUGCAUCCAGACGGUCAAGAAAUGGUGGACAGGAUACGAAACGCAGCGCACCUGCCCAAACAGCCCGUGCCAUCGGUCCCCAACUUCAAGCCGUCCAUGUCAGUACCUGACUGGCUCCACGCCGUCCAGAACUACAUGAAGAACUUGCAAUACAACCACACAGGAACACAGUUCUUUGAGAUACGGAAAACCAGACCAUUGUGCGGGUUGAUGGAGACUGCCAGAGAAAUGAUAAGGGAGUCCCUUCCCAUUAAAUGCCUUGAAGCAGUUAUUCUUGGAAUCUACCUAACCAAUGGCCUGACCUCAGUGGAGCGCUUUCCCAUCAGCUUCAAGACACAGUUCUCCGGUCACCACUUCCACCACGUGGUGCUGGGCGUCUACUGCAAUGGCCGCUACGGUACAUUGGGCAUGAGCCGGCGCGCUGACCUGAUGGACAAGGCGCUGAGCUUCCGCACGCUCAGCGAGCUGGUCUUCGAGUUUGAGGACUCUUACCGCCGUUACCAGCACACCAUGAAGAAGGUGAAGAUUGGCCUGUACGUGCCUCACAACCCUCACGUUUUCCAGCCCAUCGAGUGGAAGUACCUGGUGCUCAACCCCUGCAGGCAGGGCCGCGAAGACAUGCGCAAGGAGCUGGAGAAACACGGCCGUGACAUGAGGAUGAAGAUACUGAAGUCGUCAAGUGCCCAGUCGCCAAUUAAGGAGAGGGCGAGAGGGAAGUCCUUAUCACCCCGCCGACGGCAAGGCGUGAGCCCCCAAAGACGACAGCACCUUCACAGAAGGGACAAAUCGCCGGCUGCCCUGGACAGAAAACCAGCAGAGCUCAGUACCCUGAACGACGGCUACCAGAUCCGCAUAUGAAGGUCCACUGCAGCUGGACUGCACCCUCUAUCACCAGGCCAGGCAACUACCUUUCCUUCCCGACAGUGUGUGUUUUCUUCCUGUAGUCGACCCCACAGAUGCUGUCCAAAAUGCUGUGUUAGGUGCUUUACAGUAUAAAAAACUGGAAGAUCUGUGGAAACACAGUGUUCGCUGUAUGUACUGGGACAAUGACGUCAAAAUGACACUCAAAACAUUUUAGUUUUAUGUGGUUUGUUUAGUAUGUAGCACGUUUUGAGGUCAGAGCCUUUUCCAGGUAAGCAUAAAUAUGAUGUAUCUGAACUGGACAGUGUUUCAUUUGGUUAAAUGCUGACAGCUGUACAGUCGUACCAGUACAUAUGGACCACACUGUACACAGGCCAGCCUUUCAGACAGCAGAGGGGUCUGAUUUUAAACUGUAGAAAAGGUUAGAAACAGGGCAUCAACCCUGAGAUCAGCACUCUCUACUGAUCCUUUUAAACUUUUGGAGAAAUUUUAAUGUAAAUGGAAAAACUUUUUUAAGAAACUCUCCACCUGACCACGAUAUAUAUAUAUAUCAUACAUGCUUUAUAGAGCAUUAUAGAACAUGCUUUUGUGGGGAGCCGCACUGGUAGGUGAGGGAAAGGACGCCCGAAGGCUUGCCUGAGGCCGCAGGGCUCGCGGGAGACGGACUUUUCUACACGGAGUGACUCUUUUCUGGAUUUUAUUUUGGUAUUAUUAUACUAAAUUAUUAUUAAGACAGCAGUUUGAUUUAGUAAUACCACCAUGUAUUCCUGAAGGAGCAUUAUAGAACGGUGUAGGUCACGGUAUGAAGAGGACAUGCUUGAAUGCUCGAUUUUUUUUUUUUUGUUGUUUUUUCAGACAACAGUGUAUCAGUGGUGGGAUUUUACAGCUUGACCUCCCUUUUUCCUUAUUCUUUUUUUGUUCACAUUGAAAUGCACAGAGAAGACCGUCAAAUUAGCUUCUCUGACAAAGUACCAUAUCAGAUCAUGCAUUAUUUAGCGAACCUCAAGCCUUUGUCACACCAAGUUUGACUUCACUGUACUGGUGAAUAAGCUAUGCACGCUCGACAGGCCUAAUGAGGGCCCUGAUCUGUCUUCCCUGACAGUAGCCGAGCUCAACAAUGUAGCUAGCAGUCUGUGGUGGACUAGUCCAGUGGUUCUUUGUUUUUUGCCUAGCAGCCAUAAAUCUGUGCUGACUUGAAAAGCAGCCAGAACCCGAUUCUACCUGGUGUUAAUGCCAGCUUUAUCCUAUCCUAAGACCUGCUUUGCCCAAACAGUGCAAGAAUGACUGGGGAAAGCUAGUGGGAACGAGUUGGCAUUAGCUGACUUGCAUAAUGCUCACUGGUUCUGAUUGGCUUGGGUAAAGUAUCCCUUUUCAAAGCUACCACACAAGUGCCAGACCAUUUGCAGCAUUACACUUGCCUUCUUCCUCACUCCAUUACCUUGAUGUAUUCACCCCUGAAGAGGUUACACAACCCAGCGCUCCACACUCAGCAACCUGGACAGUGAUGAGAAGAAAGUUGGCCCUCAUGUCAACACUGUUACUUCAUACCUGAGAAAUGCUGCACUUUCGCAGAAUCCUUUUCACUUCACAUUAGACGUCAAGUAAGUGGUGCGUGUUCAGGCUGACAAUCACGUUCAAGCGAACACAAAAAGGUCCUGGUGACCAGAAGGCUUGAGCUGGGGCUGAACGAUUCGUGGAAAAUAUCUAAAGCUACGUUCACAUUACGAGCCUCAUUUCUCAAAUCUGAUCUUUUGCUCAAAUCCGAUCUCUCUGACACGAUGGUUCACACUUGUUUAGGUAAGU